UAAAGAAACUAUGUGUAGUGUGUGUGUGCGUGUGUGUGUUCAUCUCCAUGUAUGUCUGUCCCAGUUGUGUCAUUCCUCAGAGCAGCAGAACAUUGAGGUUGUUCUGCUCCAUGUGUGCAGCCCUAAACUCUGCUACAGAAAAACUCUCGCUUUUCCUCCUCUCGCCUCCUUCAACUUUUUCUCCCUCUAUGUGCCUGUCUUAAAUCUGUCUGCCUCUGUCUAUCCCUCCACUUACCAUCAUUUUCCUGUCUCAAUCACAUCUUUCAUCUCCCUGUAUUUCUGUCUCUCGCCCUCUCUCAUAGUUUCUCACCCACUGACUCACUCAUACUAGUCUUUCACCCCCUCCCUUUUCUGUCCCCCCUCUUUCUCUCUCUAACUCUCACUCCUUCUCCCUCCCUCCUAAUCAGAGCCAUAUGUUGGAGAGGGAGGCAGAGAGAUCUGACGGUGGACAGGAUUGUGUUGUAUGUGGAGAGUGUGGUACAGCGUUGGAGCCAGCCGUGCGCGUAUCUGCGUGCAAGUGUGGCUUGUAUUUGUGUGUGAAUGUGUGCAAGCAUGCAGUCACGUGUGAGUCUGAUGCACGUGUGGUCCAGAUUUCAUAAGACUUCUGUCUGUUCUUGGUGUCUUUACUUCCAUUUCUCCUCUGCUCUGUUUCUAUAAUCCUUCCAUCGUUCCUGUCUUUCUGUCACCUUCAUCCCUCCAUCCUCUUAACACCUCUCUAUUCAUCACCUCUCUGCUUCCCCCUGGUGGCUGCGAUUAUUCACACAUUCUCAUUCUUAUGCACCCUCAAAGUGUGGUGCUUUGUAAUGCAUUUGAAUUGUUUUGGCAAAUUGUGGCAUGCAGUGUGUGUGUAUAAGUGUGUAUGAGUGUGUGUACGUCUCACCGCUACACCACAGUUACUUUUUUUAAUAUUUAUUUGAAUUUUACAAAAUGCUCAUUUGCCCAAAUUGUGAGACUGACAGAUCACAGCUCACUGUAUCCCAUACAGUACUUUAUUCUGUGAGUCUGGUCAUUACAUACUGAUGAUCAUCAGUUUAUGUUAUUGUGCGCACUUUAUAUCCAGUAGAAGAGAGUAAAGUGGCACUGGCUAACAUGUGUACCUACAAUCUGCUGUUACACAUCGAAAUGAAACACUGACUACAAUUAGAAUAGAAACAUUCAUAUUGCAAGCCAUCUUCCAAAAUAAUUGCGUCUGAUGUGAGAUGGUGCAGCCCUCACCAAAAUACUGAUUCUAGUCUGGUCUGAUGCUUGCUGUGACAUCGUGUACUAAUCUCCUAUUCUCUUUUUGUUUCCCCCCACCCUCACCGUUCCUCCCACCUUCUUCAAGUCUCUGUCCCUUCCUCUGUCUGUCUCUGUCUUUCUGUCUCUCUCUUUCUUUCACUCUAGCAACCAUGGGCAAAAGACAGGAGCAGAGGGGAGAGAGAGAAGUAUGUGAGCUCUCCACUGCAGUAUUGAUGACCCAAUGAUCCCCUGCAGAACAGAGCCAGUCAGGCAGACAGAGUGAGGCUCAACUCAGAAUCAAAAUCAGAAUCAGACCAAACCAUUUGGUAAAAGCAACCAGUUGAGCAGGAUAUGAAUGGUUCUUGAAUCUUCUUGACAACUGUUAGAGGAAGACAGCCACAAAGACGAAAGACUAAUUUACAUACAGCAGAAAACAUCCCUUGUUUUCCUACUCCAGUAAUAACAAGACUGUCCACUGAAUGAGUGGCUUGUCAGAUCACCUACAUUCAGGCCAAACUGGGGCUCCAGUGGGCUGUGGUGGGACUCAGGCCGAGGAAAAAGGGUGUGUGGGGGGGCUGGAGGGGCUGGAUGGGCCUGAGCUCUGGACCAGGGAGCUCAGGCUCCAGGAUGGGUCCCAGGCUCCCUCUAAUGAUGGACUGGCACCGGUGACCCCCGACCAUUUUCCCCCCUCCUCUGCCUCCGCUCUGGCCAACGGCCUUCAUCUACAGAGAAGGCUGGGGCACGGCCCCUGCCGGCGGAGGCAGACGGAGACUCACACUACCGCUGACACACAUUUAUUUGCAGAGACACUCAGAAACAUGCAAACGCACAUAGACCCAGAUGUGCAUGAACAGGCACAUGUGGAUAAUUGUGGGAACAUGGAUAUCAACGCACAUACGGUUUCUGUAGGGCCAGAACACUCCAGAACUCUCUCACCAGAGGCCAUACACACAUCACCUCAACCCCUGUCUUUGGCACUUGGCAAUCAUCCUGCAUCCACCAAUCAGCUGACAGCCUCAGUCCUCACUGCAGAAACAGACAUACCCUCAAAUCUUUGUCCAGUCCCUAUUGGUCCGAACCCAAACACAGGCUCUUCUCCUCUUCCUGUAGAGGCAGAGAAGAAGUAUGCACUCCGCAGCUCUGGACGUCCCCGCUUCCCCUGUCACCUGCGCAAAUCCUCCCGCCUCCGCCGAAGCACAGAGGAUGGGGAGAAGAGAGCAGAGAGGGAGAGGGGAGGAGAGGAGGAGGAUGAAGCAUUAGAGGAAAAGAUCUGGAGGGUUAAGGAGGAGGAGGUGGUAGCUGUCAAGAAAGAAGAGCAUUUGUCUGUUGAAGCUGUUCUCCCUACUGCUCCCUGUCCUACAGACAUUGCUCUUGCUCUCACAGUACCCAAACAGGUCCCUAAAGCUAUACCUAAACCUGGACCCAGACUUGGCCAUAAACCUGGACCUAAGUCCAGGUCAAGGCCCGCACCGAAAUCGGUCCAUAAAGCAGGUCCUAAAAGUGUCAUGAAACAACGUCAGGCAGCCCAGUCCAUCCCUCAUCGUGCUACCCCUCAUCUCCCAUUUACAAACACAUCCACCAUCACUGCACCUCGGCUAACUGUGCAGAAGGAUGAACCUGUUGCAGAGGUGGAGGUAUCGACCAAUAACCGGAGGCGUGGACGUUUUGUUGGAGUGAGGAAGAUUGUUGUGAAGGUGGCUCGCAUUCCUGUUAGCCUUAGCCGCCGACAGAAGAGCUACAAGAUUUCCAAUUUGGAGACAGUUACUGGGACAGAGAAAAGCAAUGAUGGCAGUCUGGAGGGAGAGGCAGUUCGAGAGCCGACUGCACUUCUUCGCAUGAAGAACAAUGGGAAGAGUGUCAUGGUGAUGUUCCCUCCUGGAGAACUUCCUGUUAUUCUCAAACGCAGGCGGGGACGACCACCUAAACAGGCUCUGCCAGGAAUACCGGGAGAGCCCCCGAAUACUGGGAAUGCUGGGAAUUCUGGUGGUAAUGGAGACCAGCCAAAGAAGCCCCGGAGGCGACGUCGGACUAAGCUCCCUUGCCCCUAUCCAUCGUAUGUCAAUGAUACUAAUGAUGUGAAAAUGGAGUAUGGGGAUGUUCUGUCCAAACUGGCCUUUUUAAACCGCCAGCCCCCUGCCAGUGGCCGCUGUUCUCCCCCUCGCUGCUGGACACCAAGUGAGCCAGAGAGCUUUCAUACCCCCUUGGAAAACCCUGGAAUAUCCACCCUGCUGCACCGGCUCACUGGGUUUAGACGCCCGCGAGGUGGCAGAGGAGGGGGCAUUGGAAGAGGUGGGGGAGCAGCAGGGGGAAUUGGGGGCAGUGAGCGCAAUAAAAGCACCUUCAGUGACUUCUUUGAAUCCAUUGGCAAGAAGCGAAAACUGAGCCCCAUGUCUGAGCAUGGAUUACCUAGGAAAAGGGGGAAGGGUGUCGGUGGAGGUGGGGUAGGUAGAGGAGGGGGUAUUGUAGGAACUGAGCCUGGGGGAGAGAAAAUAGUCAAAAAGAGACGUGUGAGAAAAAAUGGUGCAUUUAAAGGGGAGGGGGUCUCCAUGGGGCAGGACUGGCCUAAUGGGGCAGGUGGCUGGGGGGAAGAGGGGGGUAUGGACAAGGAGAAAGGUUUGGGUGGGUAUCAGCUCUGCGGAUCCCCAAGGGGGGGCUUUUCCUCCUGUGAAAUCGGGAGGGGAGGUGCCUAUAGCAGUCCAGGAGGAAGCAGAGGGGGUGGGCCAGCUGGGGAGGACUCACAAGGCCUUUUUGCUGGAUAUUUCCGAUCACUGCUUGACUCAGAUGAUUCGUCAGACCUGUUGGACAUCUCCUCCUCGCAAUCAAACCCCCGCAAAGCUUCAUCCACUCCUGGUUAUGAGCCAUCCAGCCCAGCUACUGGCCAAAGCUGGUCCCCUGCAUUCCCUAAGUGGGGUACCAAAAGUGCAAGUUCUGGGGCGGAGGGUUCAACCCAGACACAUUGCUCCUCUGCCAGGCCUCCAUACAGCUAUGGCAGCCUGGCCCAAACAUCCCCCACCACUUCUACCUAUCCCAAAUCCACUCCUCCAUCUCUCUCACACUCUCCUAGCUCCCCCCAUCCCGCCUCUUAUGGCCACUACUCCUCUGGCUACUCCUCUUCUUCUCCUGCAGGAGUUGGUGCAGUGCCACAGAGAUCCUCAGACUGCAGCUUUGCAUAUGGGGCUGGACACAACAGCGGCAAGGUAACCCCUGUUGGUCAGAUGGGUUAUUCUAGCUAUCAGGCAGCCAAGAGGGGCUAUAGUGGAUAUCCUGCAGCAGGUCAUUCCUCCAUGGUGCGGGGGGAGUCGACAGGACCCACAUCACCAGGAGGAGGGUACAUGUCUGUUGCCAAAGGUAGCCCCUUCAGCUCCUCAUCUUCCCCAGAAGGUUUUAAACAGUUCAACUGCAAUCAGUGGAGCUACAGACAAGGCUAUGGUGGCUGGUCAGCAGAUGGCUUUGGGCCUCAGUAUCAUGGCUACAGUGAAUAUGGCUCUAAUGAGUCUAAAGACAUCUUGGAUAUCUCAAACUACACCCCCCAGAAGGCCAAGCGGAAUCCAUUUACUGAAAGUCUUUCAGAAUCCUCUUCUGACUCUUCACAUCUCGGCUCUGCAGCCAUUGGUUGUGGACCUACGUCCACAGGUGGCAUUUACAAACAGAAUGAGCCUGUUUCUGUUGGUGGAGAGGGAGGUCAAUCAAGUCUAUCCAGCCUGGAGAAGUUGAUGAUGGACUGGCAUGAGAGUGCUUCAGCACCCUCCUAUAACUGGAGCCAGAAUGUCCUCUUCCAGGGUGGGGGAACCAGCAAGCCUGGCCGCGGUCGCAGGAAACGGACUGAAACACAAUCAGAAAAAGAAGGGGGUUCUGCUUUACAUUCUGAUUCCCCAUCCAGUCCCUCCCCAACACCCACUCCAGGACCUAAGCGAGGGGUUGGAGGACGAGGCAGAGGGUCUAGAGGAGGCAGAGGGGGUUUGUCUCCAUGUCAGAGAGAGCGGCCAUCAGGGGCCAAAGGCAGGGGCAAGGCUGCCUCUACAUCGGGAGUGGGAGCAGCAGGGACUGCUGGAGGUCCAGAGGGGUCUGGGCUGUUCCAGGAGGGACUGGACUAUUACAGCGGAGACAGUAGUAGCCUCUCUCCACUAGCCACUCCCAAUCCUGCACCACCUUCCAGCUACCUCCAGGACCCCUGUGAGUACCCCUCCCCUUAUUCUGCCCACCCCUCCACACCUUCCUCAGAGGAACGAUAUCCAGCCUUAUAUCCUGGAGAGUCCUCCUCUUCACUCUCACCCAGUGUCUCAUCUCCUCCUUACCCUCCUAAGCCCACCCCUCCUCCACCCCAGUCUUACCACCCUGUGCCCUCUAGGACCUUCUCCCCCUCCUGCUCUCCUUCACCACGGGUAACACCCCUCUGUGGCACUGCACUGAGUCCCUCACAUCGCCCCCCUCCAAAAGAAUCACAGUUCUCGCAGUAUGACUCCCCCAGUUACUGCAGUUCCCCCUACUGGUAUGGACAGACAUCCCACAGCGGCAGCCCAAGCCCACACUCACACAGCACACACUCAAACACAGCCGUGCACACACACAGCAACCCACACACAAGUCCUCAUGGAAAUACACAUGGAAAUCCGCUGGUUAGCCCAAAUGCAAACACACACACACAUAUGAACCCGACUCCCCAUGACACACACCAUCACAAUACACAACCCCAUGCAAACCUGAGCUCACACACCAAAUCCCAUCCCAACUCGCACCUCCAGAGCAACCCCCUCUCCCACUCAAACCUCCACACCAACAAUCAGCCCCACCACAAUGCACACACAAACCCCAACACUCACCUCCCCUCCCAUACACACUCCAACCCCAGUCCCAGCCUCCAUGCCCACUCAACACCUUUGCUCUAUGAGGAGCGUAGCCCUCCCUCCACCAUGACCCCCCACAAGCGGGAUCUGACUCCCCACGCCAUAAGCACAGGCCAGCGCCAGGGCCCCUUGCCUCUCUCCCCGUACCCCAAACCUCCCCUUGACUCUUCGCCCCAUCAGGAGGACACUACCAGCUACUCCCUGUCCCACCAAUCCUACCAAGGCAUGGGACACCGCUACCCCUCCCAGGCGGCUCAGGGCAGCGGAGUGCUGUGCCAGCUCCUGGACCCGACCAAUGAUGACAGCUUCAGCGUCACCAGCCUGUAACAGCAGGUGCAUUCAAACCAAGCUUUUACAGAUUUGCAAACAUUUUUUUUUCUUUUUUGUUAAGGAAACUUCUUUGUGAGACUGUGAAAUGAAGGGUGAGAAUUUUGCUGCCAGCUUUGGACAGUAAAGCUUUAAUUCUCCAGCAUUGACAAUCAAGAUCAACCGCAACUUAAAACACCCAAGCAUGCGCACACACGUAAAUGCACACCAACACACACACACAUACACACACACGCACACACACAUACACACGCAUGUGCAGAAUCAUUGACUACCUGAACACAUAAUAUCAUACAUAUGUAUGCUGGAAGGAGGGAAUGGCCAAGAGGAGCUGACGGAUGAAUCCCAGACGCUGAUGGACAGAGACAAACCUAUUGCCUCACCCCUUUUCUUUCCUGCUGUGAUACAUCAAGGACUCAGUUUCCAAGAAUCUCAUCAAAAUCUCUGUCUGUAUCUCACCAAAUCUUACUGGUCCUGUGCUGUACAUCUGCAGUAUGGACAAAACAGGAUCACACUGCUCUUUCUCUCUCUUUCUUUCCUCUGUCUGCUCUCAACUUCCCCUCCUCUGCUAAACCAGCAACCGUGUUCUGCACUCGACUCACUAACUCAGCAUUUCUGUCGUAUGCCCUAACCUGAACCGCAUCUGAGCCCAAAUCAUCCUUUUAAAUACCAUGAGCCCAGCAACUGUCCUACUCUGUGCGCUCCCUGUGUUGUGUCCCAUGAGAGAAAAGUGGACUAAACCAGUUUCUGCUCUUGAAAUACCAGCAUCUGUACAUACAACUCCAGCUCUGAACCAGGGGCCGCCUCUUCACUCUGAAGGUCCGUCAUCAACCUCCUCAGCGUUCUGCCAUAGUUUCUCUGCUCGGGGGGGGGGAGAGAGAACUGCAGCAUGGAGACUCUACAUCCUGUGUUUUGCUGUUUUAACUACAAGGGAAAGAGACAUUGAAAUCACACAAUGGCCCCAAAGAGACUCUUGUUUUCUGUCGGCAAAUGUGAGAAAGAUGAGGAUGUGAUUGCGUGAGUGCAGUAAUGCAUGUAUUUGUGUGUAUGUGUGCAUAUAUGUGUGUGUGAGUGUGUGAGUGUAUGUGUGUGUGUAUGUGUGUGUGUAUGCCUGUGGGGUCAAAAGGAGUGGGGCUCCCCAGACACCAAAGUCUUGGCGGGGCUUCAUUCUCUCUUUCACUCUCUCCCUUCUUUUUUCUGUGGUCUUGUGUUGUUUGGUGGUUUUUGUGAUGAAAAAAAUUGUAUAUCUGUCCGUUACAUAUCAUGUAUGUAUCUGAGGUGCAAAAUAUUUAAAUACACAUUCUGUUCUUGCCAUUGGUAAUCUUGUCUAUAGUAUAAUGCUUCUUUAAGGGAUUAUGGGAGGUGUGAGCAUGUGUGAGCAUGUGUGUGUGAGUAUGACACACACACACUAAGUAUUGGGCUUUGCCCAGGCUGUCUGGGACUGUGAGCGAGAACGAGUUCAGUCAAGGACACAAUUCGACAGGGAGUGAA